CUUUGUAUGGCAUUGUGCUGAAGAGAAACAACCUGAGAAUAAUAUUUAGUACAACUGUGUUUUGUUGGGGUGACCAUUCCGCCGGGCGUCCUCAACCCUAAUUCGGCCCCGCCAACCCCACCAGAUUUUCACAUACCCAAACCUCAUCAGCCACCCAUCCAUAGCUCUUGGAACCCAACUCUUGUUUUCCAAUCUGUUAUUUCGCUCCGGAAUACAAGAAAAUGGCAUGAAGACGGCGGCGCGGUUUCAUCUAUUAUUUUCCGCAACAUUUAUACUGUUCAAUAGACAAUCUUUGAUUUGAUUGAUGAGAAUGCAAUUUUGGGCUCAGAGGGUGUCGAUUUCUAAGGUUUUCUCCACAGCUUUGCUCCAUGGUCACGCCCGCAUAGAGUCAUCGCACUCUUCUCCGGCAUCCAUUGUCUGGUUCAUCAAAGUCGUUUGCACUCUCUGCGUUCACCACUCUCACUCGCUGAAUUUUUUCGACACUGAUUAUUUUCGGGAGAGUUUGAAUCCCUUUGUGGCUUUCGGCGUAGUUUAUCACAUUAACAAUAGAUUGAAUAAUCCAGAUUUAGCAUUUAGCUUUUUCCGCUACUCGAGGCUGAGUUUCAAUCUACUUCACUUGGAGUCCACUUUCAAUCUGCUCUUGAGGUCGCUCUGCAGAAUGGGCCUCCAUGAUUCGGCUAAACUAGUGUUCGAAUACAUGAAAGCUGAUGGGUUUUGGCCCAAUAGCGCGGUUUUGGAUCUCGUAGUUUCAUCUUUUGGUAAUGCCGGGAAGUUUAGGGUUGCUGAAGAAAUUUUGAUUGCGCAAGCUGAAAUCUGUAAUGAGAAAGGAGAAACAGUUAGUUCAUUUGUAUAUAAUAAAUUUUUGUGCAUAUUGAUAAACAGAAAUCGGGUUGAUGAGGCUGUUUUAUUUUUUAGAGGUCAUAUUUUGAGGUUAGGAAGCUUUUGCCCUGAUACGCAAAGUUUUAACAUAGUGAUAAAAGGACUGUGCCGGGUUGGUAAGGUUGACACGGCCUUUGAGUUUUUGGAUGUUAUGAGGAGUUUUAGUUGUCAUCCUGAUCUCGUUACAUAUAACACUCUUAUUAAUGGGUUCUGUAGAGUUGGUCAUAUGGAUAGAGCAGAGGAGCUACUGAGAGAAGUUAAACCACAAUCUGGGUUUUCACCAGAUGUUGUGACUUACACAUCAGUUAUUUCUGGAUACUGCAGAUCAGGUAAGAUGGAGGAAGCCGCUGCUCUUUUUGAUGAGAUGAUUAAUUAUGGAACGAGACCAAAUUUGUUUACUUUUAAUGUUAUUAUUGAUGGUUUUGGUAAAAAGGGCAAGGUGGCUUCAGCUUUGAAAAUGUAUGAAAGGAUGGUUAACUGUGGUUUCCAUCCUGAUGUUGUCACCUUCACCUCUCUCAUUGAUUGUUAUUGCCGCCGUGGAGAGUUGGAACAAGGAAUGAAGCUUUGGGAUGAAAUGAAUGAGAGGAAGGUGUCUCCUAAUGCAUUUACUUUCUCCAUUCUGAUUACCUCUCUUUGCAAAGAAAAUAGAUUAAACGAGGCUCGUGAUUUGCUGAGGCAGUUGAACUGGAGGGAAGACAUUGUCCCUCCACCAUUUAUUUACAACCCUGUUAUUGAUGGGUUUUGCAAGGCUGGCAAUAUAGAUGAGGCCAAUGCAAUUGUUAAGGAAAUGGAGAUGAAAGGAUGUGUCCAUGACAAGAUGACUUUUACCAUUCUCAUUUUGGGGCAUUGUAUGAAAGGGAGAAUGUUUGAAGCAAUAGGAAUGUAUAACAAGAUGUUGUCCAUCGGUUGUGCACCGGACAAUAUCACAAUAAGUUCUUUGAUAUCUUGCCUUAGAAAGGCAGGCAUGGCACGUGAAGCAAAUGAAAUACAGGAAAAGGCGUCAAACGUUGUACACUUAGGUUCAUUGUCCUCGGAAAGAACCGGACCGAUUAGGACUAACAUGGACAUUACUGUGGCUGUUUAGUUGAAAAGAUAAUUGUGCCCUGUGCUUGUUUUGGGCUUAGCAACUGGAUGAGGCCCUUCAAUCAGAAACAUCCAUUGAAGAAACUAGAUUUCAGAAAAUUGUUCUGUGGAUGCGCGAACUAGAGACGCUGGAAGAUGGGUAGUAUAUUUCCUAGACACUAGCCAAACACCUGGCAUUUGUCCGGGGAUUGGGUUUGAGUCAAGACUUGGAGUAGAGGGCAAAAGAAAUUUACAUAGUAAACUGAAGCUCCUCGGAGAUACCUGUAAAAGAAAAUCAGAAUGUUCCAGCUUCAUAGAGGUUUCGUGUGGAGCAAUUCUACUCCACUGGUUCCAGUGGACAAUACAAGCAAAUAAGGAAUCCUUGUUAUUUCUUUGGUGGAGUAGAGGGUAAUCGGAGAUGUGAUUGUAAAUUAUUUACUUGAUUUAACUUAAAGCCGCCAACACAAGAGCAACUUCAGGACUGAAAACUUACUUUAAUGUUUUUUCAUCUUUAUCACCAUGCCUUCGUCCUAACUUCCUUAUCUGGUUCUUCAUCAGUUACAGUUUUUUCAAUAAUCACGGUUGUCUCAAUUGCAAGGAGUGUAAAAAGGAAUUGAUGUACUGUAACAGCUGUAAUAAGGAAGUUCUUUAGUUUGUGUAUUUUGGUUCUUUUGACCUUCUGCAAAGUCAGUGUCUAGACCAGCCUUCGGCACUUCCCAACUGGACUACUUAGAAGUGGUUCGAUCUAUAAGUUGGUUUAAAGUUCUUACUAAGCUUAUUUGCCUUGAUGCUAAUCAAUUCCCAAUGCUUAUGUUGGCAUAACUUUUGGGAUUGAUCGAGUUGCAUGGAUCUCAGUGCUUGGUUCAGGCCCUCCAUUCUCCACUACAUGUGACAAAAGUAUUGUGCAGUAAGCUUUUAUAUCUGCUUGCUCCUCGUGUUCUAAGAUUGCAUCUGAUGGGUUCCUUCGGUGCAAUACUGGUGAAAAUUCUUUAGGGUGCUGGUGCGAUAUUUAUCCUGCCAGAUACGAAGAAAAUGAGAAUAUCUUGUCAUGUUCCAUUCUGCCUCGAUCUGAUAUGCGCUUCAAGUUCCAACUAGGAUCCUUUUAUAGUUCAAUGAAAGACGCAGCAGACUUCCGCGAUAUGAAAUUGGCUUUCAUAGUAAGAGGCACAAGCAGUUUUGAUGCUAUUCUGAAGGAAGGCUUACAUUCUUUGCACUGAGACAACUGCCCCAGUUUGCUGAUUCUACCUUUUGCGUCCAAGAAGGUGAAAGGUGAUUUUGCUCUUACCAACAUGUUUUCUCUGGCUUCUGAGUGCUUCCAACGACUAACGCUUUGUGCUAGCUUGGCGGAGGCCUAAAAAUUUUCAUUCAUCGAUUUAUGUAUAGUGUGUUUUUUCUUUUCAUCUCUAUUGAUUUCACAUGAUAUUUUGCCUAGAAGAUAGCAAGGACCUACACGAGGAAAGGGCCGCAAAUAUUGUUGUACCAAGUAACAUUGUCCAAAAUAGUUCCAUGACAUCCAUUUUGGCUGCACUCAUUCUGAAACAUAUUUCAAACUUUCUGGUGUUGAUUUAUUCUUGAAGGAUGUUAUCCCCUUUAGGGUGAGAAUUGAGUCUUUGCAAAUGUGAUUAAAAAGCUCCUACCUUCUCAAGGAUUCAGUUCCAUCAAUAAGAUAGCUAAAAAGAUAAAAGAGUUCCGUCUGGCAAUGCAGUUUCUAUGAAGAUGGCUGUCUUGGAAGGUGUUUCCACUUGAUAACGUCAACGUACACAACAAGUUUUAUUUGAAUAUUCUACUCGAAUGCUGCUAGAUUUGAUCAUUGGUUUUCUGUGCUUUAAACAGUUCCGACUACUGAUCUAUGUUAUCAACUUGUAUCUGAAUUUGUCUUGGUCAGGUUGUAAUAUUGAACCAGUUAUUGCUAGAGUUGUGGAAAAUAAUAGACGAAAGGAUGCUUGUA